AUGACUUAUUUUUUAAUUGGUGAUUCAAUAACAUUGACAUUAUUGAUUGUACUCAUAUUUAUCUUUGCUUAUUAUGUGUGGGUAAUCUACGACUCAUUUAUUAGUUCAAAAUGGAAAUUUAAUGACCUGAAUUUUAGUUACAAUCUGCGUACAAACAAUAUAUUUCGUCGCCUUGGAAUGCCUGGUCCAGCACCUAUUCCAAUACUCGUUUUUUCACAUCGAUUAGCUCGUCAUUUGAGUGAGAAAGGUUAUUCAAUGGUACCCAGAGAUACUAUGAACUAUUUCACACAAUUAUUUAAUCAAAUAUUAGCACGACGUCGACAAUAUUUAGAAAGACGAAAUGAUUUUAUUCAAAUGAUGAUUGAUCAUGAAGAAGAAGUCAAACAUGAAGAACAAGUCGAGAAGCAAGAACGACAAUCCGAAAUAGUUAAAAAGACUUUGAAUGAUAAAGAAAUACUUGGUCAAGCUCUAGUUUUCUUGGUUGCUGGUUAUGAAACAACAAGUGUAUUAAUAUCAUUCUUUUUCUAUGUCAUGGCAACAGAACCAGUGAUUCAAGAAAAAGUUUAUAAUGAAAUUCGUCAAGAACUUGGAGAUGUACGUGAUAUUCGUGCUAGAGAAGAUCAACUUCAAUAUUUGGAUAUGGUUAUUAAUGAAACACUUCGAAUGUAUCCACCGUUUACUAGAUUUGAGCGAGUCGCCUCGAACAAUUAUCAACUUGGUAAUUAUGACAUACCGAAAGGUACUAUUAUAAGCGUACCCGUUUAUCCCAUCCAUCAUGAUCCUAAUGUUUGGCCUGAACCGGAAAAAUUCAAACCUGAAAGAUUCUUACCGACAGAAAAAGCUAAACGACAUCCAAUGACAUAUCUUCCAUUUGGUGAUGGACCACGAAAUUGUAUUGGCAUGCGAUUUGCACUGUUAGAAGCUAAACUUGCAAUUGUCAAAGCAUUACGUCUAGUUGAAAUCCAGAAAUGUGACAAGACUGAAGUACGUAAUGAUCAUUUUACCAUUGACUAUGUAAUUAUUAGUUGA